AUGUACGCCCGUUACGUGCCUCCAAAGAAAAAUGCGGCUGCAGCACCUCCCGUGGCGGCGCCGCCUCCGCCGCGCGAACCAACACCUCCUGCUCCAGAACCAGCACCCGCGAUGAACGACGCAGUCAGGACGGGAGAGAACACCGCCAGCCCGUAUGCACGAUAUGUUCCCUCAAAGAAGCCGAAGUUGCGACCUUCGAUUGUUAGUGUAGCUCCGGAGGACGCGGAAGCUUUGUCUCCUGCGAUGAAGCGCAAGCACGAAGUCGAGGUCGAGGCCGAGGUCGAGCAGGAGACGCCAGCCAAGAAGAAGAAAUCCAGAAAGUCGGAAGAAGUAGCGCCGUUGGACGACAUGGAUGUGGACACGCCGAAGAAGUCCAAGAAAGAAAAGAAAGAGAAGAAGGAGAAAAAGAACAAGAAAGACGAUUCAGAGGAGCCACAAGUUGACGCCAUGGAUACCCACGCAGACGACGAGGCCGGUGAAGGAGAGGAGGCGGGGGAGAAGAAGAAGAAAAAGAAGAAGAGGGAUUCGGAAAAUGCGGAUGGACGCGAUGACGACGAAUUAAAGGAAAAGAAGGACAAGUCUAGAAAGAAGAAGAGGAAAGACGAAGAGAUCACCGAGGAAGACGACGCCGUUGCAGCGCGACACAAGAGCGUUCUGUCCAAGGCAUCCAAGUACCUCAAAAAGGCCGCCGACGGUUCCCACGACGAAGACCCGGAGAAGAUGGAAGUGGACGAGGAAGGAAAGGAAGAGACGCCAGAGGUGGAAGAACACGGCCUCGAACCCCUGCCGCAACCCGAGCCCGCUGCUCUCGAUACCUCGAAACCCUCCUACGAGACGCUGCCACCCUGGCUCGCUGCACCCAUCCGAGUGGCGCCUGACACACGGACGCCGUUCUCUGAGAUUGGCAUCAACCCGAAAGCAGCUCAGAUCUUGGAAUCGAAGGGAUUCAAGGAUGCCUUUGCCGUCCAGACCGCCGCGGUUCCGCUACUUCUACCGUCUUGCAAGCACCGUCAAGGCGAUCUCCUCGUCGCGGCUGCAACUGGUUCCGGAAAGACGCUGGCAUACGCUCUUCCCAUUGUGCGGGACAUCAGCCAAGGUGCUGUCACGAGGCUCCGCGCUCUUAUUGUCUUGCCGACGCGUGAGCUUGUCAAGCAGGCGCAGGAGGUUUUUGAGCUGUGCGCCGGCGCAUUCGAUGGUCGUGACCAGAAGAGAGUGCGCAUAGGAAUCGCCAUUGGUAGUCAGCAGCUCAAGUACGAGCAAACAAAUCUCAUCGAGAGGGAAGAAAAGUACGACCCUGAGGCCUACCAAGCUGCGAACCAGCGGGAGCUCGAGGCGUGGAAGGAUGUUGAGGAGGUAGACCCUGAGACCGAAGAUUCCACGAGCAGAGUGGAAGCUGGCUCGUUGCCUGAUCACAUCGUAGACUACACCUCCAAGGUUGACGUUCUGAUCUGCACUCCCGGUAGACUGGUCGAACACAUCAAUCUUACUCCAGGAUUCUCCCUGGACUACGUGCGUUGGCUGGUAGUCGACGAAGCCGAUAAGCUCCUGGCGCAGAGUUUCCAGGGCUGGCUGGACGUCGUCAUGCCCAAGCUGCGGACGAAGAAGUUGAGCGCAAGAGACUUCCCCGACUCCAACCUCUCUGGUGUGCGCAAGGUUGUUCUGAGUGCAACACUUACGCGAGACUUGAGCCUGCUAAGCGGGCUGCAGCUUCGCCGUCCUCAGCUCAUUGUCCUGGAGGGCGAGAAGGCGGAUGGCACUGCACCAAUCGCCGAGCACACUCUGCCCACGCUACUGAAGGAGUCUGCCAUCAGAGUCCAUGAUGCCAACCUCAAGCCUCUGUACCUUAUCGAUCUGCUACUGGGCGGGCAUCUGAUGUCCGAAGCCAGCUCUAAGGCGGAGACCACUCCUACAGCAGAAGACGACGACGACACGUCUUCCUCGGACGGGUCCGACGACACCUCAUCAGACACUUCUUCAGAGGCAGAUUCGGACACCAGCUCAGAGUCAGACUCCGACACUUCCUCAGACUCAGACAGUUCCUCAGACGCCAACCCCACACCCUCCAAGCCUCCGAGAAAAACACCCGCAGCCUUCACAACGACGGCCCUAAUCUUCACAAAAUCAAACGAGUCCGCUCUCCGUCUCUCCCGCCUAAUCUCCCUCCUCCACCCUUCCCUCUCGCCCUUCAUCGCAACCCUCACCUCGACCCAAAAGACGUCCGACCGUCGCCGCGCCCUCCGCGCCUUCGCCUCGCGCCGCUUGCGCCUGCUGGUCGCAUCCGACCUGGUCGCCCGCGGUAUCGAUCUGCCACAGCUGGACAACGUCAUCAACUACGACCUGCCCGCCAGCGCCGCCGGCUACGUUCACCGUGUCGGCCGUACAGCCCGUGCGGGACGCGUCGGCGCGGCGUGGACUCUGGUCGAGGACGGCGAGAGCGGUUGGUUCUGGGGCAAGAUUGCAAAGCCGAGCAGCGGGAUCCGGCGCGCGGCAAAGGUCGAUCGCUUGCGCAUCGGCGACCCGGAGAGCGGUGGGUUCGCGGACGAGAGGGUACAGGAGUACGAGGAUGCGCUGGAGACGUUGGGCAAGGAGGCCGGCGAGGCUAGGAGGCACAGGUAG